AUGUCAGUGCUUGGGUUCGCCCUCGUACAGUUCUCUGAUCUGAUCGAAACCAUGGUGAUCUCUCCUGCCUGUCAGCUAAAAUUUAUGAUUUCAUUAUCCUGAUGUCCCCUGGACAGUGAUCUUCUCCCAGAGUGUUGCUCUCCUCAUUCCGUGCCCUUUUGGCGAUUCGUUCACUGAACUAGGAUCGUGGCUGCUGAAUUGGGGAAGGAUUGUGUAGAACGUCUUGCAGAUCUCGGGGAUAGCUGUUUGAGUGAGCUUAGUCGUCUUUUUCCGUCGUGCAGGCAUCGUCGAAGAAGGUUAUCACGAAGGAGGAGUGGGAGAAGAAACUCAAUGAUGUCAAGAUCAGGAAGGAGGACAUGAAUAAGCUGGUGAUGAACUUCCUUGUGACGGAAGGUUACGUGGAGGCGGCGGAGAAGUUCCGGGUUGAGUCUGGCACCGAACGUAUCCUUGUAGACGGAGACUAAUGUGAAUGUACUCCUCUCGUUAUCUUAGCUCCGUCGGUUAUUCGAUUGUAGUCAACAACACCCGUGCCUCCCGCUCUCCGUUUCUUUGUCUCAUGGCCAAGUUCUUGAGGUAAAACGGUGGAUCAUCCUUAUUGUUACAUAGCAGACAUCGAUCUUGCGACAAUAACGGAUCGCAUGGCUGUCAAAAAGGCUGUGCAGUCUGGAAAUGUGGAGGACGCUAUUGAGAAAGUGAAUGAUUUGAAUCCAGAGGUACCGCCAUGUGACCUUCAACCAUCUUUACACUGCAUAAAAUGAAUAGAGAAAAUAUACUUGCGUUUUAUCGUUUAUGUUUCUGUUAAAACUAUCUAGUUAUACUUUCCUUUCUUCUUGGUUGAAACUCAUUCUGUACUUGCAUCCAUUCUUUUACCUGUCUACCGGCACUCUGUUGAUUUGUUUCUAUUUUUUUCGUUCUUUUUUUCUCCUGUACAUCACAAAAUAAUUUCUUCAAUGAUCAGCCCGUUAAUCCCAAAGUAUGAGACAGUCUUGUCAUGGUACUUCUUUUCACGUUAGACAAGGCUGGAAGCGUUUACUUUCGUAAGAGCAGAGCAUCCCCCUGAUUCUCCUUUGCUUUUAUAAGAAUAUGGCUCUAUGUUCCUGACGUUCAUAGAACUCUUUCAUUUCUUUUCCCUCGUGAAUGAGUAAAGCUGCAUCAUUCCAGCAGUUUUUCGUAGUUCCAAUAUUUAAAAGAUUGCGUUUAGUGGCAUUUUCAGCUUCCUUGAUUUAAGAAACAUCAACAUGGUAAAGAAGUUGGAUUGGUUUACUCAGUAGCAUUAUGUACUGGUUGAACGAGUUAAUUAGCGAUACUUAGCCAGUAGAUGCAAUUGACCGAUCUGUUAUGCGUCAUCAAAUGAUGGUUUUUGCAUUUUUCGUUAAGGGUUAUCUUGUGCCAUCCUUUUUUAGUUACCAAUGUCCAUUUUAGGAGGCCAGCAUGAAUGGUUCCUGUCAUCUUAUCAUUCCAUCAGAAUGCUAUAUUUUAAAGAUCCUUGGCUAGGAAAUUGUUACUGUCAAUGCAUGUUUACAUCUAACCGUUCCUCAUUACUCGAGUGCGUGAUUGUGCUUUUUUUGUGGAAAAAUACACUAAUUGUCUCACUGUGUAUGUUAAACUAACUCCUCUUAAUCGUAGGAUGCCAAAGUUUCUGUAUGUUUUACUGGCGCAUGAUGUAAUAUUGCGAUUGAAAGUAUGCUUUUAGCCCAGGAAUUCUAUAAAAUGAAUAUGCAGACUCCUGCUUGACGCAUCACCUGAGCAGUCGCUUUCUGGUCAUAUAGGUAGGAUUAUUGGAGAAAAGUGUAGAGGGUUGCUUUGGGAGAAAAGAGCCCAAGUUUACUUGCUUUGGGGGUGGGGUUGGGAUUCCGAUCUCUAGCUAAAUCUUUUGACAGCCCUUUGCCUAAGCCUAGAAAUCUUUUGGGCACCAGGAGGUGGUUCUCCCAAACAUAUUAGUACAGGUUUCCCAAUCUAUUAGAGUAUGGUUUAUAAAUCCUUAACGUACUAUAAUCAUACACACUUCAUGUUAUAAAAUUAUGCUUGCUUUUAUUUCAUUAAAAGCCUGUACUGACCUUCCCAUUGAUCAACAUUUCCGAACCUAGGUUCCCUGGUAAUGAAUGUUUGAAUGCAGGUCAAAAACUGUCAUGUGGAGCUGAUGGAUUUUAUGUUUCUUUAGUUCCUUGACCAAAGUUAGUUAAUAUCCCUGGAAAUAAUUAUUUGACGAUUUUAUGUCUGAAUCAUGUGAUGCAUUUGCUUGCUUGAAAUUUUAUCAAUUUAUGUCUGGAGAAAUUUUCCACACCUAAGCUAUUAUGCUCAGACUCGUCAUUAACGCCAUGUGGCAUCAAUUUUCUCACUUCCACUUAGUUUUCCCAGAUGGUAGAACAGGAAGUCAUUUAACUAUAGUAAAUUUAUCCUUGUAUUAUAAAGACGAAUGUGUUCCUCAGAAUGAAUAUUUAUCGUUGCUGAGGUAGAGUCUUUUUUUUCCACAGAUAUUGGAUACAAAUCCAGAGCUGUUCUUCCAUCUUCAACAACAAAGGAUGAUAGAACUUAUACGCAAUGGUAGACUAGAGGAAGCUUUGGAGUUUGCUCAGGAGGAACUUGCACCACGAGGUGAAGAAAAUGUAAGCCUCUGACAAACCUUAUUGUUUCAUCCUUAACCUGAAACUGGUCUCUGCCCUUGAUGUAUUAGUAGGGAGAAAUCAUGUUAAUUGGAUUGGUUUCUCUUUGAUGGUGCGCAUAUCGUUUUUUGUUGUGUUUGACUUUGACUCUUUUGAAAAUGAUGAGCAUCUCCUUUUUGCAGCAAAGUUUCCUUGAAGAACUGGAAAAGACUGUUGCACUUCUUGCCUUUGAAGACGUCUCCAAUUGUCCAGUUGGGGAUCUCCUGGACAUGUCUCAGCGCCUAAAAACUGCCAGUGAAGUGAAUGCAGCCAUACUUACGAGCCAGAGUCAUGAAAAGGGUCAGAUUGUCCUGGAUAAUUUUUUCUAUGCGUAUGCUAGUUUCUCAUUUAUUUUUUGGCACGUUUAUAUUCAUGCACACACCAAACCCAAGCACACCAGAUCUCCACAUUCCUUGAGAAAUAAUUGUCCACUGAUCUUGAUACAUUCUGGGUUCUUCAUUGGCUGGUCUUUCCAAUUCCACAUUUCUAUCCGUUCUUUCACUUCAUCUUGUUUGAUGGCAUCUUACCUUCCCUUAGCUCUCCCAAGUAUCAAUAUGGCUCAUUCGCAAUGCCCCCAUUAGGGUUCUCAUGAAACCAGUGAUGAGACCCAACUAUCUCCUUCUCCAGCAGAGACAAUGCGCAGCUUUCACUUGCAGUGAAACCUUUCGAAACCUUCUUGAUCCAACCUCUCCCUCAUUGAAGACGUGGGGUUAAACGAAUGACGGACAACACACUUGCAGUGAGAUAUAGCAUUUGGAUAUUUAGCCACCUCCUCUAAAUAAGAACCUGUCAUCUUGAGUCUAAUGCCUUGAUGCCUUACCACUCUCCAAAGAAACCAAUGGAAAUCGGAAUAAAAAAACUGACCAAUGUGAUUUCAUGGUAUAUCCAUUGGUUACCGUAUCUUUGCAUAUUGGCUUUCAUUAAUUCCGAGUAUUUUUCUCAUUGAUUUCUAUUUAUCUCCUUUACUCCGCAUGUGGAGCAAUUGAUCAAUCCCAUCAUUUUUUCUUUGUAUUGAACAACUCAAAUCACAGAUCCAAAGCUCCCGAGCUUGUUGAAGAUGCUAAUAUGGGCCCAAAACCAGCUCGAUGAGAAGGCCGUCUACCCCCGCAUCAAUGAUCUCGCCUCUGCAAAACUCGAGGAUCCUGUUGUCUGA